AUGUUUUCUUCUGUUACUCCAUAUAAAAACCAACGCUAUACCGAGAUCAAGAAGCAUUGCAGAGAGGACAAAAGGCUGUUUGAGGACCCAGAGUUUCCCUGCACUAAUGAAUCGCUGUUUUACCAGAAGCCCCUCCCAGGGAGGGUGGAAUGGAAACGCCCAGGAGAGAUCAGUGAGGAUCCGCACUUGUUUGUGGAGGGGAUCAGUUCUCAUGACCUGAAUCAGGGUGAGGUGGGGAACUGCUGGUUUGUGGCAGCAUGUUCCUGCCUGGCCCUUAAGCCUGACCUCUGGCAGAAGGUCAUUCCUGACUGGAAGGAGCAGGAAUGGGAUUCCAAAUAUCCAGAGAACUAUGCAGGAAUCUUCCACUUUCAGUUCUGGUUGUUUGGAGAAUGGGUGGAUGUUGUGGUGGAUGAUCGCUUGCCCACCAUCAAUGGGAAACUCAUCUACUGUCACUCAAAAGACAGCAAUGAGUUCUGGAGUCCUCUUUUGGAGAAGGCCUAUGCAAAACUGUCAGGCUGUUAUGAAUCUCUGAGCGGCGGGAACACAGGAGAUGCAGUGGUGGAUUUCAGCGGCGCCGUUACAGAACCCGUGGACCUGGUAGCAGAAGGUUACAGUGACAAGCCCAAGGAGAGAGAGGCGCUGUUUGAUGACUUACUCAAAGUCUAUGAAAGAGGGGGCAUUAUCAGCUGCUCUAUAAGGGCAUCGCCGGAUGAGUUUGAGGCUCGCAUGGCCUGUGGCCUGGUGAAAGGUCAUGCGUAUUCGGUGACGGCGGUGAGGAAGGUGCGGCUGGGACACGGCUUGCUGGCGUAUUUUAAAAACGAGACGAUCCCACUGAUCCGCAUGAGAAACCCGUGGGGAAAACACGAGUGGAACGGGCCGUGGAGCGACACAUCUGAGGAGUGGGCCAAGGUUGGGGAUAUGGAGCGGGGAAAUUUGGACAUUACAGUUGCAGAUGAUGGAGAGUUCUGGAUGUUGUUCGAUGACUGGUGUAAGUACUUCACAGAUGCAGAUGUGUGUCGUCUCAUCAACACGUCUGUGCUGAGCAUCCAUAAGACCUGGGAUGAAGUGGUGCAUUUUGGGAGUUGGACGAAGCAUGCUGAGCCUCUGAAGAACCGCUGUGGCGGCUGUAUGAACCACAGAUCAACCUUCCUCCAGAACCCUCAGUACCUGUUUGAUGUGACUAAAGAGACAGAUGAGGUGCUGAUUUCCCUGCAGCAGAGAGACAUGAGGAUGCACAGGCGUCGCGGGGAGGGAGAGAACCUCUCCAUUGGCUUUGCCUUGCUUCAGGUGGAACUGAACAGGAAGUACCGUAUGCAUGACAUCAUCACACAGCAGAACGUUGCCACGUCAACAUACAUAAAUGCACGAACCGUGUUCAUGAGGAAAACUCUGCCCAAGGGCCGUUACAUCAUCAUUCCCUCCACCUUUAAGCCAGGCAUCAUGGGAGACUUCAUGCUCCGUGUGUUCACCGAUGUUGACUCUGACUGCAGGGAACUGGUGGAGGACAAGCCCCGUGUUCGCUGCUGGUCGUCUUUCCUGGGCUAUCCUCAGCUGGUCAGUCAUGUGUAUGUUCACAAUGCAGAGGGGCUGCAGAAGCAGGACAGUAACGGAGGUGCCGACCCAUAUUUGAUCAUCUCCUGUGAGGGCCACAGCAUCAGAUCCACAGUGAAGAACGACACACUGGAACCAGUCUUCCAAACUAGAGCUGUUUUUUACCGAAAGAAACCCCGUCAACCAAUCACAAUUCAAGUGUGGAACAGUAACGCGAUAAAGGAUGAGUUUAUGGGUCAGGUGGUUCUGACGGCCACUCUGAAGGACUCAAUGGAGCCCCAGAGACUUCAGCUGCGGAAGAGAGGGACUGAAAUGGCCAAUGAGAUGCCAGGGAUUAUAAACCUUAGAGUGGUCAGCUCCAGAGAACUCACUGCUCUGUAACUCCUAACUCUGAGACCUUGCUCUACCAGCAAAA